AUGAUGAACAUAACCAACAGCUUUCUGGACGAUACGCUCGUCUAUCUGUACCGGGAGAUUCAUCAGUACGUGCCGGAGUUUAUCGGUUCGUUCGGGUAUGUGCCGUGGGUAUACUCGCUGCUCGGAUCCGCCCUGAUCGGGCUGUCCGGUAUUCUGCCCAUGUUUAUCAUACCGGAUGCGACCAAAAACGGCAAGGAAUCGGAGCUAAGUGAUCCGGCCGAAUCGAAGACACUGAAGAUACUCCUCAGCUUCGCCGUCGGUGGUUUAUUGGGUGACGUGUUCCUACACCUGCUGCCCGAAACGUGGGAACACGAGAUAGCCGCCAGUUCGGCGGCCGAUGGCCACCCCUCAUUGCGCAGCGGUCUGUGGGUGCUGUCCGGUUUGUUGCUAUUUACUAUUGUGGAAAAAAUAUUUUCCGGUUACGCGAACGUCGACGAACAAAAUCCACAACCGAAGUGUGUCGAAAUUGCGACCUGUCUGUUGCGUCGUAGCGGUGGUAAACUCCCGGAAGGGUUCGUCGGUCUUUGCGGUGGCGAUGGGAAAGGUUCGUGUGAUAUUGAGGACGUGCCGAACGGGUGCUUCCUGGCGGGCAACAGUGCAGGCGAAAAGCCACGCGAUGAGGCAGGUCACCGGAAGGUGGCAGGAUACCUGAAUCUACUCGCCAAUUCGAUCGAUAACUUCACGCAUGGGCUGGCGGUGGCUGGGUCAUUCCUGGUUUCGCUACAACAUGGCCUGCUGGCAACAUUUGCCAUUUUGUUGCAUGAAAUUCCUCAUGAGGUGGGUGAUUUUGCGAUCCUGCUGCGGUCCGGUUUUAGCCGCUGGGAUGCCGCCAAGGCUCAGUUACUUACGGCCGGUGCCGGUUUGCUUGGGGCGCUUGUCGCGAUCGGUGGAAGCGGCGCAACCACAGCACUGGAAGCAAAAACCUCCUGGAUCGCACCAUUCACUGCCGGUGGCUUUCUGCACAUUGCACUCGUAACGGUGCUACCGGAUCUGCUGGACGAAUCGAGUCCCUGGGAAUCGUUCAAACAGUUUGCCGCCCUAUUGCUCGGUAUCGGACUGAUGGCGUUUAUGACCGUCUACCUGGAGCACUAG